CAGGUCAGACCUCAAAGUGACACACCUCAGUCAUGCCUCCCGUCUCCAGCCGCUUUAAGGGGGCGACUUUGAAACGCCUACACGCCCUCUGCGCGCCUGCCAGAUGCCUUGUCAGCAACGGCUACGUGGCGCCGACAGCCGGUGAAAGGCGGACCGGGAAAAGCCAUCAGAAGCAGUGAAUUGUAUAGUGCCGGGAGGCGGGCGACACAUAUGCGCGAUCCACGUGUACCCUGUCACAACAGGGCAAUGCAGCACAGGACACCGGAGUCGCUCGCUUCCUAUUACUGAGGUUUCCAGCGAAUCGGAAUAGAUACUCACUAUGAAGCAAGUUGAUCGAGGACAGCGAACGACUGGUUUCCCUGUGUGCUCCUGUUGUCACGCGGACAUGGCACUGGCGACAGUACUGUCCCUGUUCCUCCUAUCGGGACCGUGUCUGUCAGCGCCGCAGGUCCAUGGCUCAGAAAGGUCGGAGGCUGUCGAAGGGAGUCAACAUUUUACCAUGAUUAACCCUUUUGGUGCUGGGGAGGGGGUGAACAGUUUACGUCAAAGCUACAUCAAGGGUAAUUUGAAGGAUGGACAGAUGAAUCCUGUGCUCAGCACUUGGGAACAAGAGGUAUUCUUCCUCUUUUCCCUUCAUGACUAUGACAAAAGCGGAAAGAUGGAUGGGCUGGAGAUGAUGAAGUUACUCUCAGACUUCCUGUCUCACCAUUCGCUGGGCCCACAGUCUGCUGAUUCUGUUGUCUCCAUGGUGGAUUCUCUUCUACAGACCCAAGACUUAAAUGAAGAUGGUAUGCUGGACCCCUCCGAGCUGCUCUCCCCACCAACAGAGGCCCAAAAAUCUAAGCAGCAGGUAGCCACAGCAAAUGAGCCGAGCUCUGACAACGCGCCCGCUCAUGACUCACACGACACUGCAGCUAACGAGCAGGAGCAGGGAGACUCAGUGCCGGGACAGGAGGUGCAGGGAGAGCAAUAUGGAGGGCAGCAGGAACUGGAUGUGGACAAACAGGAGGCACAAGACCUAACAGAGGAAGCGGGGGUGGCACAUGAAGAGCAGCCAGAGGAGAGGCAAGUGGAAGAACCUCAGCACCAAGUCAGAGAGCACGUUCCUGCUCACCAAGGACAGCCUGAGAUAUAACUGCCCAAAAAAAGCCUGAGACACUCUGCCCAAAAAGCAGGAGUCAGCCUUAAAAGGGGGACUACAGAUGUGACACUAUGCCCAACUUAGAGACAGAAGGGGCUGAUUUCCACUCUGGAGAAUAAACACGGUUUGUCACCGCAGCUGGCCAUUUCUACAAUUACAAUUAUUUUUUUACCUCACCCUGCAGCUUACGAUUAUAAUUAUUGUAAUUAUAAUUGUAAUUGAAAAGCCAAUUUACAAAAGUCACUCAGGGCAUCUUUUUGAUGUUUUUGAGAUGAGACUGCCAAUGACCUAAAUUCAGGCUUCCGCAUCAUAUGUUACAGUACUAGGACCCAAAACUUACUCAGGCAAACCCUGUCAUUAUACCUUCUAAAAUGUAUCUGAAUUGGAUGUACUCAAAUUGUAUUUGGUUAUAUAUCCAGCUGUAGAAAAACUAAUAUUUAGGCCACAAUCCAUGUCCACAAAACUGUCUGAUGUCCCUAAUAAGAUUUUUUAAUAUUGAUCUUUUCAAUUGAGCGACAUAUUGCAGCAUGCAUCCUAAGAAAUUAGUAUGCAAUUUGCAUGAAUCAGUGACUUCUUGCAGGCAAAAUAAAAUUUAGGAAAGUAAGUAUUUACUGUGUGAAGGUGCAUUUUUUAACGCUAUUUGUAACUGCGUUAAACAGAGCUGCUUAGGCCUUGGUAAUAUGCAUGGCCUUGUCUAACCAAACAUAUCAAAUAACAGACUAACAGUCUCUUGCUAACUAAAUGUUUGGUAGCAAUUGGCUUGGUUUGUUGGUUGAUAAGGGCCAAACCCUGUAACCUUGGGGUCAGAAUGGGCUUUGAAAAAGUGAAGCAGAAGGUGAAUUAAAAAAGGCUUUUAACAACCAAAUUUUACAUUUCACAAUCUAUUUUGUAUUUGAUUUUUUUUAUUUGUCAGUUAAAUUGGACAACAGUAGCAAUGGUAAAUAUCAAUAGCAUGACAAUAAAAUGAUAUAAUAUUGAACUUUAAUUGAAAAAUAGUAUUCAGCUACCCAAAACAUCAUGUUUAAAUGGAACUCCCCAUUCAGAGUGUGACUGUUGAAGUAGUUAGUUAUGUCAGUCAUUUGGAGUCAUAUAUUUCAAGAAUGCACUUAAGUGGCAAACUAUUGUGGUCACAUUAAAUCCAGUCCAGUACCAAUUCUUCCCCAGUUUUUGUGGGUCUUUUCAGGGUCCUCCAAUUACCUCUAGCAGCCAAAAGCUACCAUUCAGGUGAUUAUAAAUUUCUGUUGUAUCUGAAUUUUUAAUGUACCCUGCAGACACCCUGCAGUAUGCUGCGAUACAACAUCACAAAUUCAGGUAGCGGAUGAAGUGGAAGAAAAUAUUUAUUUAUAAAUGUACAUUAUUGUUUAAGAAAGUAUGUAAAAUUUGAUAUUCAACAUUGGAUAUAACUCAACAGUGCAAUCAAUAUCCUCCUGAGAUCUGGAGAGAAAAAUGCUUCUAAUAUUCAUGUGGCAUGCAUAAUAUUGGACAUAUGAGCAGAAACAUGUUUUGUACAGAGGACAAAGGGUCGAGGAUAUUUUAAUUAAUCUGUUAAUAUUACACAAUGAACACUAGAGAACGAAAAAACUACAGAUCUGGACAUGACAAAUUGUGAUACAGAUUGUAAGCUGUUCAGUUACCUGUGAGUACAUGUACAUAGUUCAAGUCCAGUAUGAAAAUUUCUGAAAUGUAAAUUUGCUACUAAACAUGUCAGAAGUACAAAUAAAUGACCUGUUCAGCCAAAUCCUUUUGGCAAUUUUUGUCAUAAACUAAUUUUUAUUAUCAUACCUUACCUGAUUGGCUGAAACAUCUUCCAUUCUCUAUGAAAAUGACAAAUCAGAGGGAAGGGAGACCCAAAUUAAAGCCUUCCUCUGUAUUGCCAUUUUAUAGUAUUUACAGUACUUUUGCCUCAUGUUCUCAAUGCAAAUCAGGUUUCAGAAUGAUGUAUUUAAUUCUGCAGGAUGUAAAUGUAAAGCUAAAUAAUUUAGAAAAACGAUGUUUGGUAAAUUGUUAUGCAACGCUAUUAACUGUCUACGCAGUAACAUUCUCCUUGUCUACAUAGGCCUGUGACAUCAGUGAUAUGCAAAAUACAGUGAUUGGGGGUACAAGUGACUGUAUAACUUCCCCAGAUACAAUAAAACUUGAAUUCUGCUGUGCAAUGUGUACAAUAA